GGGGAGCAGCACGCCAGCCCUCUGCUGCCUCUCCGUCUGCAAGUGCCCACGAGUGAGGCUGCCCCGGGUCCCCCCCCCGCAAGUGCCCCAAAAUGCAGCGCUGCCUCUGCGCCCUGCUGCUACUGGCAUCCCAGUGCCUGGGCUCAGCCGCAGGGCUCUUCCCCUUCGGGGAGCCUGACUUCUCCUACAAGCGCUCCAACUGCAAGCCCAUCCCCGCUCCGAUGCUGCUGUGCCGCGGCAUCGAGUACCAGAGCAUGCGGCUGCCCAACCUGCUGGGGCACGAGACGGUGCAGGAGGUGCUGGAGCAGGCCUCCACCUGGAUCCCGCUGGUGCAGAAGCAGUGUCACCCCGACACCAGGAAGUUUCUCUGCUCCCUCUUCGCCCCCGUCUGCAUUGAUGACCUGGACGAGAUCAUCCAGCCCUGCCACUCGCUCUGUGAGGAGGUGAAGGAGAGCUGUGCCCCAGUGAUGUCUGCUUUUGGCUUCCCCUGGCCCGACAUGCUGGACUGCAGCCGCUUCCCCAAGGACAACGACCUGUGCAUCCCCCUGGCCAGCAGCGACCACAUCCUCCCGGUCACCAGGGAAGCACCAAAGGUCUGCGAUGCCUGUAAAAACAAAAAUGAAGAUGAUAAUGACAUUGUGGAAAACCUCUGCAAAAAUGACUUUGCCUUGAAGAUAAAAGUGAAGGAGAUUGCCUACAUCAAUGGGGAUACCAAGAUCACCCCUGAAACAAAGAGCAAAACUAUCUACAAGCUGAACGGGCUGACAGAAAGGGAUCUGAGGAAGAUCGUGCUUUGGCUCAAAGGUGGCCUCCAGUGUACCUGUGACGAGAUGAACGAUAUCAACGUCCCCUACUUGGUGAUGGGGCAAAAGCAAGCCGGGGAACUGGUGAUCACUUCGCUGAAGCGGUGGCAGAAAGGGCAGCGGGCUUUUAAGCGAUUCUCCCGCAGCAUCCGCAAACUGCAGUGUUAGUUACCCCUGCUCCAGCGACAUCCAGCAGCUGCCUCCAUCCUGAGCUCUCCAUCUGGCCCCCCACACUCCCUUGUAUUGUCUCCUCUGAGCCUGAAGGUACAGCAGGCAUGAGACACAGGGACCAUCCCCUGAGAGAGGAGGGAGGCCUCUGUCUUUGUACAUAGGUUAAAGUGUAAUAAAAAAUCAUGACUAUUUUGGGGAAGUAUUGAAGUAUCUUGCUUAAAGCUUUCCCCUCCCCCCCUCCUUUUUUGAGUGCAAGUGUGACUUUGGUCUGAAAGUUUUUCUCUCUUCGUUUUGGUAACGCUGGUCAACUUAUAUUGCUACUUCUCUGUAUACAUGCAUGUUUGUUGUGCAAAAGUAGGAGAUGCAAAGAAAGACAGUCACGCAUGUGACUGGCCUGUCACAAUGGAUAUGACUUUUUCACUGAUGUGAAAUGGCUUGCCAUCUAUAUUAACACUAUAAAGAUCACAUUACGACUCUUGCAUGUGAUACAUAGGCACCAAUAAGAGCAUAUUAACCAUUCUCACAUUUUUUUUCCCACAAGUCUGAGCCCUUCCCUCUCAGAGAAAUGAACAAGUUUUGAAGCUGGCUGAUCUGAACACAACUUUUGUUUUUUAAUUUUUUAAAAUUAAACCAUCUGUAGCCUACUUGUAAUAUACCUAGUGGUUAACCUGACAGAGUUGUAAAAUAUUGCUUUAAUUAACCUUGUAAAUACUCCAGAUAAAUGUUAUAUUCUUGUAUAUAAACUUUACAUCAUAGUUUACCCAUUGUCUUGUUCUGUUUUGGGGGGAUUUACUUUAAUCUGUGCUGACAGAAGUGGGAGAAAGUCAUCCAACUGUUUUUUGUCAUGGCAAAGCAAAACUUGUCCUUCAACCCCAAAUGGCCAACAGAGAAACAUGUAAAGGUUCUAGUGCUGCAAUCAAAAAACAAUAGUGGACUUCACCUACCCCAAAAUCAAUAGGCAACCUCAAAGACCUGCUCAAGCAACACAAGCCUGGGGUUCAGUCAGCUCAUUUUAAUGCAUUUUCUGUUACCUUCUUCCAGAUGAAGUUUUCUGUUGUUCAUUUGUUUGAAUGCCUGCAGUUUCAUCUCACCUUCUCAGAAGACUUUGCUCUCAGCUGAUGCAGAAUUGCAAUGACCAUUUGCUCAAAUAUCAAAUCUAUUUACACAUUUAUGACAUUUUAGAAAGAUAUUAAUGACUGCAAGAGUAGACAGAAGAAUCUAAUGUGCAACCACCCAAUGAUUCAAAUUAUUUUAAUGCUAAAACAAGGCAAGUCUUGUGUGUGUAUAUCCUCAUUAUUCUUACUUAGAAAGAAAAUAAAAAAUCAUUUGCACUACCUAACAA